AUGUGGAUGAGCAUCAGUCCCCCUGCCAUCUCACCCACUGAAGGGCAUGAUCUGUGUGAGACAGAUGUCCCCAGCGUGGCCAUACACAGUGUGACACUGCUCAUCUGCCUCUGUGGGCUGGCUGGGAACGGGGCUGUGCUCUGGGUCCUCAGGAUCCGCAUGCACAAGGACACCAUGAAACCCAUCACUGCCUACAUCCUUGACCUGGCCCUCAUCAACCUCCUCUUUCUCAUCUACAUGGUCCACUCCACUCUGCAAUUCCUGCAGGAGGAUUUCUCCUACUCCUCCAUCAUGUCCCCUGCAUACAUACGCUUCCUUUUCCUCCUCUUCCCGAUGUUCCACAGCGUAGGGCUGUACCGGCUGACGGCCAUCAGCAUCGAGAGGGGCAGGUCCAUGCUCUGCCCACCUGGGCUCUUCUGCCACCUUCCCCAGGACCUCUCAUGGGUGGUAGUCAGUGCCAUGCUCUGGGCCCUUUCCAUCACUGUCAUCACUGCCAUUUCUGUGGUGAAUUCCCUCCUGAUAUUCAAGAACAAUGGCAUCUUUAUCCUGGCUCUUCUCGACUUCCUCUUCCUCCUCUUUGCGGUCCCCUCUGCCCUCCUCAUCCUGGUGGAGGACGUGUCCUGCUCUCCUGUCUUGCCCUUGAUGUACAUGAACUUCGUUUUCCAGCUCUCAGUUUUAUCCUGCUACUGGGCACUGUACCGGGUGACGUUCGGCAACAACGAGCGAUAUAUGCGGAACUUCUCCAAGCUCUGCUGCCGCUGUGACCCUCCUCUGCGCCUGCUGUGGGUGCUGGUCAAUAUCAGAUACUGGGCCUUCUUUGCUGUCUUCACUGUCAUUCCCUCGGUGACAUUCCUGUGCCCAUCACACCAGCAGGAGCACUGCCGGGCAGCUUUCAUCUCUGUGUACCUCAUCAUCCUGCUCUUCAUUGCUGCACCCAUGCUCGUUUCAAGCACAGUCGAUUUCAUUAGGGCCAAGUGGGGCUCCCAGCAGCAGCAGCCCGAGAGGCACGACAUCGUUAUCUUUGUCAUUGGGCUCUUGGCUCUCAUCCUCAGCCUCUGGAAUUUCCUGCAGGAGUUCGGUUACAUCACUGUGCCCUCCCAGGUUGUUUUCCUGCUCAACUGCAUCCACAGCAGCAUCAAACCCUUCAUCUACUUCUUGUGGGGGAGGUGCUGGAGGCCCUGCUCCAUAAAGUCCCUCCGGCUCUCCCUCCAGAGGGUCUUUGAGGGGCAGAAAAUAAAAACUACACACAAAAAUGAUGCCACCAGGGACACUGGGGUGUGA